AUACUCUAUUAGAGCCACUCUAGUUACCCUGCAGCAAAGGGACCAAAAUAGAGCUGAAGUGAGAGUGAAUAUUUGGCUUAAGGCAUCAGACAAAUGUUUCUUUCUGGGUGUUCAAUGUGUAAAUAGACAGCUUUAAUUAUACAUCUUCAAUCAUUUGUAUCUUACUAAAUGUAUUUACUGAAAUGGCAUGUCUAAUUUUCUGAAUCAUCAUGCAGGGCAACUGUGAUUUAUAAAGUCACUUACAAACAAACUGAUGUUAUUGAAGGUAGUUUUCAGUCAUUCAGUCUGUUGCAAUUGUUUUGUGCGAGCCGUCUCUGAGAACAAAAACAGCACAAUUACAAGUGUUAGUUAACAUUUUAUUGAGAUUGACAACAGUCUUCCAUGUACUUGAAUUCACUGUGCGGACAUCAGUGCGUUUUGUGACUGCACGUCUGUUGAGCCACCUUUGUGCCGAGCCCUAGAGGUCCACGUUCAAUGAAUGGGCUAAGCAGGACGCUCGUGACGUAAUCCGCGUCACGUCAUUGUCGGCUGGAGGCUCCGGUUACGGUGACGACCACUUGACAAGGGCGAAAUUAAUUAAGUCAAAAACCAAGGAAGCGGCAGUCGAACAGCAACAUACCAAAAGGAAAAUGAAUCCAAAGGACAUUCCGGGGACCGAAUCAUGCAGCAGUUCUGUUUUUGUGCACAACCCACACCUGGAAGAAAUGAACGAUGACAUCCUGUACCACUUUGGUUUUGGAACCAGAACUCACAACCUACCAGCUAUGUUUGGCGAUGUCAAAUUUGUGUGUGUGGGGGGCAGUCCUUGGAGAAUGAAAUCAUUCACUGAGUACAUUGCUGCCGAGCUCCGCUUGGAAGAUCCCAAAGCAGAGUACCCAAACAUCUGUGCUGGAACAGACCGCUAUGCUAUGUACAAAGUUGGCCCUGUACUCUCUGUCAGUCAUGGGAUGGGAAUCCCAUCUAUUGCCAUAAUGUUGCAUGAGCUGAUAAAGCUCCUCCAUCACGCUUGUUGCACCAAUGUCACAAUUUUUCGCAUUGGAACAUCAGGUGGAAUAGGCCUUGAGCCCGGCACAGUUGUUGUGACCAAGCAGUCGUUGGAUGCCACCUUCCUGCCCAAGUUUGAGCAGGUGAUCUUGGGGAAGACGGUGGUGCGCAACACUGAUCUCGACCCAAGCCUGGCCGAGGAGCUGUUACACUGCAGCAAGGAGCUGGACCAGUUUGAGACCAUGGCAGGCAACACCAUGUGUACACUGGAUUUCUAUGAAGGCCAAGCCCGUUUGGAUGGGGCCUUCUGCUCCUACAGCGUGAAGGACAAACAAGAAUACCUCAAUAGAGCCAGUGAAGCAGGAGUCUGCAAUAUUGAAAUGGAGUCAUCUGUUUUUGCUGCUAUGUGCAAGCUGAGUGGUCUACGAGCGGCCGUGGUUUGCGUGACAUUACUGGAUCGGCUGAAAGGGGAUCAACUGAACGUCUCUCCAGAGGUUCUCCACAGCUACCAGCAUCGUCCCCAGAUACUGGUUGGCCACUACAUUAAGAAGCAGUUGAAGAAAAAAGCACUUUGUAGCUAAGUGCAACUCUUAUUACAUUGUUAAUAAGCAGCCAUCGCAUUUCUUGUAAACAUGAUUUUCUUCUGAUCAAUAGCCGUAUGUGUAAUACCUCCAGUACUCGCUGGAGGUUGAAAAUCCAUACUAACUUAUUUAUCUUUUGUCUUAGUACAUUCUAUUUCUAUAUCUCCAAGGUUUUGCCCUCUAAGAGCUGUCCCUGUUGUGUUCACAUCCCCCAUGUGUGCAACCAUAGUUUUACUCCAUAGUAAGGUUAAGAUUAUAAAGAGUUUGAGCGGUAUGGGGUCUGUAGAAUUGGCUACUUUGUCUUCCCUGCCUUCAUCCCAGCUGAUCAGUGAAGGCUGAUGAUGAUGAGGAGCCCCUCAUGUAGGUUUGUCUCUGUCGACAUUGUGGCCAGGUGUCCCGAUGAAGUGGAUCUCUCCUACUUCAGAUCAGCUAUUGUGGGGACCAGCCGCCCCACUAACAAUGUUAUCAGUGACUGUGACAACAGAUGCACAACCACCCUUUACUUUUCCACUAAACAGCAGUUUCCUCUCAGUCUGCUUAUUGUUCGCACUGAGCAGUUUGAUUUACAAAAUGGAGGCUUAACACUGCACAAACAGCAGCACGCACCGUCACUUACAAGCCAUGAUCUUUUCAAAUUUGUAUUACCGAACACAAAGAAUGAUCAACUGUCUCCCAGAUUACUGGCCAGCAGGGAUAAAUCCAACAUUAGCUGCUUUUUGGGGGCUACAAAUAUGCUCAUGGAACUUGGACUUCAAAAAUGUAAAUAAUCUUUUCAAGUCAUCUUUUUUCAACUUAAAAACAAUUUAAACUAGAGCUGUCAUGUAGUAACAUAGCACAUCUUAACAUUUUUAAGACUGCCUUUGUUUUAUAAGUAAAGCUUCUAUCCAUAAAACAUGAAUUUAGUUAGGAUUUCAUGCAAGUCUAUUUUAAGAAGAUGCUGUAACAACAAGUACCGUUAACUGUCAUCAGUGUUGAAUGAAGACUGAAAAAAAAGACUGAUAAAUGUUUGCCCUUUUGAUGGUAUUGCUUAUGUGUGUAAUUAAGCCAUAUGUAUUUUGGGUUGUAAAGUUGGCAGAUGCAAUGUGUCUAGAAGUUUCCUUCAGAACCAUAUACCUCUCUAAAUGUCAAUCAAUUUUGAGAAGAAACUCCACUGUCUUAACACUAUUAAAUUAUAAUGCAAUUCAAUGUUCUCACUUCUUAUAAUCUUCAUACAGUUCAACAUCUUAGUUUUGCUUCAAGCAGGAGGUUUGAUGCAUUAUGACCAACAUGCUGACCCGACCUAUAGAAAGUGAAGUUCCUUAUGAUUAUCUCUAUUGAUUUCUAUCAAUCUGACACAUGUCAUUCCUUUUCCUAAGCUCACACCAACUCAAAAACAUUUGUCUGCUGUCUUCAGAUAGGCCAGCUUAUAUGAAGUUAUAAUGACAAUGAACAGC